CCAACUUGUCAAAUAAUCAAAAUAACCUACAAACUCGAUGAAAACCUAAAAAUAUUUACAAGAAAGAAAAAUGAUGAGUGGGAGACUUAUAUUGCGGUCUUUAUACUGCAAUUUGACAACCAAAACUCCUUUCAAAUGUGGCUUGCAGCGUUCAAAUAGGUUAAGUUUCAGUGUUAUACAAGUUUUUCAUAACAACUUUAGUACGAAGGCCGAUGUUGAAAAUGUUGAGAAGAAGCACUGUAAUAUCGGGACUAUAGGUCACGUAGACCAUGGGAAGACGACCUUGACGGCUGCUAUCACGAAGGUGUUGUCUAAAGACGGGUUAGCCUCGUAUGUGUCUUACGAUGAGAUUGACCGAGCGCCCGAGGAAAAAUCAAGAGGUAUAACAAUAAACGCAGCGCACAUUGGCUACAGUACAAAGCUCCGUCAUUAUGCACACACAGACUGCCCUGGCCACGCAGACUACGUCCGGAACAUGAUAUCAGGAGCUUCACAAAUGGAUGCCGCAGUUCUGGUAGUAGCGGCUAACGAUGGACCGAUGCCACAAACAAGGGAACACUUGCUAUUAGCUAAGCAAGUUGGCAUACAGUAUAUAUUGGUGUUCAUUAAUAAGGCUGAUUUAGUUGACAAUGAGUUACUGGAACUAGUUGAGAUUGAGAUGAGAGAACUGUUAUCAGACUUUGGCUUUGAUGGUAAUACAGUGCCUGUGAUCUGUGGAUCAGCAUUGAAGGCGCUGAAUGGUGACCAAUCUGAAUUUGGUGUCCCAUCAAUACACAAGCUCCUAUCCACAAUGGAUGAAUACGUGCCCCCUAUAGUCCGCGACUUAAAGUCGCCAUUUUUGAUGCCCAUAGACAAUGCGUUCACUGUCCCUGGAAGGGGAACUGUAGUGGUUGGUACAAUUAAAAGGGGGAUCAUGAAGAAAAAUGACGAUGCCGAGCUAUUGGGAUUCGGGAAUAAUGUUAAGACAACUAUUUCUGAUGUGCAGAUAUUCAAAGAGAGUGUGCCCGAGGCCUUAGCCGGUGACAAUGUAGGCGUCUUGCUGCGCGGUAUGAAGAUGAAAUCAGUUGAAACCGGCAUGUUGUUGACGGCAGCUAAAAGUUGCUGCCUCAGUAAUCAUUAUAAAGCUAAGAUUUAUUUCUUGACGAGGAACGAAGGUGGGAGGCGAAAACCUGUGUUCUCGAAGUAUUCACAGCAAAUGUUUAGUGGGACGUGGAAUAUUGCGUGUAGGAUCGAUUUGGACCCAUCAAUGCACAUGAUGAUGCCUGGAGAUCACGGCGAGGUCUACCUCACGCUACUCGAAGAUAUGGUAAUGACACAUGGACAGCCUUUCACAAUAAGAGAGAACAACGUUACCGUGGCAACCGGAAUCAUAACAGAUAUACUUACUUCUAUAACUGUACCUAAAGGGAAGUUGGGAAAAGUUGACUUGAAGUUAGACGAUUAGGUUAUUGUGGAUAAAUCUUAAUAAAUUGUAUUAUAGUGUUA